UCAAAUUUAUCUAGACUAGAAGAGUUGUACAUGGGAAAUGUCUCUGUCAUGAAUUGGGCACUAAUGGAAGGCAAUAGAGAGGGAGCCAACGCAAGCCUUGCUGAACUAAGGUCUUUCUCCGAUUCUUUGAUGGCCUUACGUCUUCAAAUUCCAAACAUCAAGUUAUUGCCAAAAGAUUUGCACUUCAAAAAUCAAAUGAUAAAAUUUCAGAUAUAUGCAAGUAACGAGUCAUUUAUGCAUUGGCAACUUAGCAACUAUUCUACUUUUUGGAACACAACUCGGUAUAUAUUUAAAAACAGUUUGGCACUUGAAGGAUUUGUUGCAAGUGAUAUUGUGGAGAGUCGGAUACCUCGCCUACUAUUACAAAAAUCUGAAAUUAUAUUGUUGAGAGGAAUAAAAGAUUUCAAAAACAUUCUCUACAAGUUAGACGAAGAGGGUUUUCCAUGCUUGGAGGUUCUAAGCAUUUCAUAUGGUGAAGAUGUAGAAUACUUAAUUGAUGCCACAUCAUAUCAGACUCCUCGUGUUGCCUUCCCUAUCUUGGAGUCAUUGGAACUCAUGGAACUUCCUAAUUUGAAAGAGAUAUAUCAUAGCCAAAUCCCACAGAGAUCCUUUAGCGGUACACACUCACAGCUUGCUUGUUUUGGCAAACUAAGAUCAAUUACGCUCCUCUCUUGCAAAUGUUUGAAAAAUGUCUUUUCAUUGUCCAUAGCGAGAGGUUUGGUUCAACUCCAAGAGUUAGAAAUACAAGACUGUGAAGACAUGGAAGAAAUAUUUCACAAGGAAGGAGAAGAUGAGAAGGCACUUAAUGAUAAGAUCAUGUUUCUGCAAUUAACAUCUAUAAAGAUGGACUAUCUACCAAGACUCAUUGGCUUUUGUACAGGCGUGGGUCCUGUUGAGCUUGUCCAACCAUCGUUGUUGAAUCAGGAGGUUGACACUUUUGGAAUUGACAAGAUGACAAACAUUCAUCAAACUGCUAGAUCCUUUCCUGACUCAACACCCAUCUCUUAUAAAUUCUUUUCAUCCAAGACCAUUUUGUGGCAACCUAAUUUAAAAGAACUUUCAUUGGAGGGUUUAUAUGAAAGACUAGAAGUGGUAUUUGAUCUUGAAGGACAGAAGCACAACAAUGACCAUCAGAGAAUCGCAGUACUUGCUGAAUUGAAAACUUUAAGAGUAAUUGGUUUAUCUAAUUUGAGGUAUGUGUGGAAGAAUGUUCCACAAGGAAUUCAGGGCUUUCAAAACCUAACAUCAAUUAAUGUAUAUAGAUGUCAUAAACUAAGAUAUUUAUUCCCACCUACUAUUGCAAAACUACUUGUGGAACUUCAAAGCAUUAAAAUAUGGUGGUGUGACAUGAUCGAAAACAUUGUUCGAAGAGAUGGAGAAGAAGAGGCAGAGGAUAUCAUCUUGUUGCCUAAACUUACUUCCUUCGAUUUAAGUUCUCUGCCAAAUCUCAUGAGUUUCUGUAUCAAACCUUAUUCUUUUGAAUGGUCAUCCAUCGAGAAGAUCUAUAUGUAUGGGUGUCCGAAAUUCAAAACAUAUGGGAAGCUGCAGAAAGAGGGUAUUUUGACUAAGGAUCCAAGAGCUAAUGAUAUCAACAACAACUCCAAGACAUGGGCUUUUUUUCCAUCCCAUUUGAUUGUGUGCUUAAGGAAUCUAAAAAUGAUGAAAUUGAGCAACUGUGAUUCACUAGAAGUUAUAUUUCAACUUGAGGAACUAAAAGUUGAGGAAAGUCACAUGGCACUGGUACUUGAUCAGUUAAGGAGAUUGGAUCUAAGUGAUUUACCAAAACUGAUGCACGUAUGGAAGAAGGGCCUAGAAAGGAUCAUGGGCUUUGGGAACUUGAGAUUGUUAAAAGUAAGUGGAUGUGACAGUCUGACAUAUUUGUUCUCACCAUCCGUAGCAAAACGGCUUGUGAUGUUAGAGAAAAUUGAAGUUAUUUACUGUAAGAAAAUUGAAGAAAUCCUUGCAAGAGCAGGAGAAGAAGAAAAAGAAAAGGACGUUUUGUUUGACAAAGUGAACUCAAUUGUGCUUUGUAAUUUACCAAAUCUGAAGUGUUUUUGCUCUGAAACUAAUGCUUUAGACUGGCCAUCACUAAAGGAAAUAAGGGUAACUAAAUGUCCUAGUUUAAGCACGUUUAUUCCAUCUAAUCUAAACACACCUAAGCUAGAGGGAGUAUACGAUAAUCAUCCAUGGAUAGAAGAAAGAACGUGUCAUUGGAAGGGAGAUCUGAAUGCCACCAUAGAGCAUAUAUUCAAAGGAAAGGUGGUAUCAAUUACAUGCUUUUCAGCCUCAAGUUGCUAAAGAGGAUAUGAUGCUGGCAUAAACAUGUAGAAGGAAGCAUUGUCAUAAAGCUUACAAGAAACACAUCUAAAGCUUAUGCUCAUUCCAAACAGGGCCUUAUAUUGUUUCUUUUAGCGGUGGAGCUAGCUGGAUCUAUCUUAUGCUAUU